CAGGGCCCCUUGGGCUUGCCAGCUAAGUGGAGACACGGUGCUGCUGUUUUCUAUCAGAUUCUCCAAAUGCCUUGGACCAUCAGAGGACAGUGGUUGUAGGGUUAACUAGCGACUUGGAAAAAAAAAAAAAAAAGACACCGUGGGCGGUGCGCGCUCCCGGGACGCGCGCUCCCGGCGUUGGGCACUCGCAGAAGCAACGCAGAGGGAAGAGGAGCCGAGAGAGAGCCCCGGUGUGCCUGCCGUGUGCGUGUGGAGCCCGCGUGGAGCGAGCCGCCGGCCGGUCGAGAUGAACACCCUGCUGUCGCGGGCGAACUCGCUGUUCGCCUUUACGCUGAGCGUCAUGGCGGCGCUCACUUUGGGCUGCAUCCUCACCACCGCCUUCAAAGACAGGAGCGCGCCCGUCCGCCUGCACGUCUCCAGGAUCCUGCUCAAAAAAGUGGAAGACUUCACUGGACCGAGGAAGAAAAGCGACCUGGGAUUCAUCACAUUCCACAUCUCUGCGGAUCUGGAGAAGACUUUCGACUGGAAUGUCAAGCAGCUCUUUCUGUAUUUGUCAGCCGAAUAUUCCACCAAAAGCAACGCGGUGAACCAGGUGGUCCUCUGGGACAAGAUAGUUCUGAGAGGCGAUAACCCGAAGCUGCACUUGAAAGACGUCAAAACCAAGUACUUUUUCUUCGACGAUGGACACGGUCUCAAGGGAAACCGGAAUGUGACUUUGACUCUGUCUUGGCAAGUUAUACCGAUUGCUGGAAUUCUGCCUCUUGUGACUGGAUCAGGACGCAUAUCUGUCCCAUUUCCAGACACAUAUGAAGUAGCCAAGACUUUUUAAAGAACUUUGCAUUUGAUUCAAGACAUUGGUGUACUUAAGAAAUCAAUUGUAUUUCACUUGUAUCUCCUUGCCUUGCUCUUCCUCCCCCCACCUCCUCCCCCUCCUAGCCCUCGUCCCCCUCCUCCUUCUCCUUCUCUUCCUUCUCCUCCUUUUGUGUUGGUAUAAUGGCAAACAUCCAAAUGCAUAUUUGAAGCAAAAGGUUAAUGGUCGACUUACAUUCUUUCUUACAACCAAAAUAAAAAGUUUUCAG